AACGGUUUACGUUAGUCGUUGCAAUGAGGGGCAAGACUGCAGUUUUCGUGGUACUUUUUAUUUGAAUGUGUCGUUUACAGACCGUCAUUUCUUGUGUUGGAGGAUGGAUCCUGUCGUGCUGAGCUACCAGGACAGCCUUUUGCGGCGUUCUGAUGUGUCCUUACUGGAGGGGCCGUACUGGCUCAAUGAUCGAGUCAUUGGUUUUGCUUUUGAGUAUUUUGCUGCUGAACGCUUCAGAGUCCUGGGAGAGACCAUCACCUUCAUCAGCCCUGAGGUCACCCAGUUCAUUAAGUGUGCUUCCUGCCCUGAUGAAUUAGCCCUUUUCCUGGAGCCGCUGGAUCUUGCGUCUCGUCACUGGGUCUUCCUUGCUGUUAACGACAACUCUAAUCAGACCGCUGGAGGAUCUCACUGGAGCCUCUUGGUCUAUCAUCACAAAUCCAACCACUUCGCUCACUAUGACUCUCAAAACGGCAGCAAUUCUCUGCACGCACGGCGCAUCGCCAGCAAGCUAGAGCCUUUUAUGGGUGCGGGGAGGAAAGCUCUGUUUGUGGAGGAGCCCUGCCCGUCGCAGCAGAACAGUUAUGACUGUGGGAUGUAUGUAAUCUGUAUCGCUGAGGCCUUAUGUGAGAAGGUGAGAGUGGAGGGCUCACCACGCCUUCCUGUGCACAUCAUCACCCCGGCCUACAUCACCCAGAAGAGGGCUGAAUGGUGCAGACUGAUCCAGAGUCUAGCUCAGACUGAUCUCUGCUGCGCUCUGUCCUUCCCUUAGCACGUCGGUAUCCCCUCUCUUUAUGCAGAACAGCUGUCUGCAGCUACAUAUCUACUGCUGGAGCAUCUGAAUGCACUCCUUGAUUCAGUAUUUAACUACAUUGGAUGAAGCCUGUUUCUAUUGCAAAAUAUGAAGAGUUUGAAAAGAUAAAGCAAUGUGGAAUCUUUAAUGACUAAUUGACCGUUUGGUGUUAUGUUUAUUCCUUGUACAUGCACAGCAAUUACAACAUUUAAACAAGAACACCAGCAUGCCUAUAAAAGGAAAUUACUCCUGACUUCAUUUUUAGUGAGAAUACAGAAUAUGUCAAGCUGAUGAGGAGGACGCACUGACUUUUCUUUUCUCCAUUGUAUUAGCUUGGAGCGAAUGUAGAAAUGUUUACACAGAUUUUUGCUCAGGGUCAUUUGAAAUGAACUCGAUUUGACAAUAAGAAUGUGUAUCUUAUCUUUGGCUCCGACUUUAUUUCAAACUGUUCUGGUGACGUUCUGUUUCUAAGUUUAAGCUUGUGUCAUGUCGAAUUACAAACAUUUAUUUUCCAGCCAUUUAAAGAAAAUUGCUGUAUGAGUUUGAAAAAUUGCCUGUGUGCUGCGAGUGUUUAUCUGACGAAGGGCAAUGUAGAGUGCUGGAAUGUGUGUUAUGUUCUCACAAGAAGAAAGUAUUAAAGUUGUCUUUUAAUCAAAUAAAUCCUAUUUGUCACAUUUUUUUGGUGACAAAAGUGUC